AUGCAUAUUCUCUUCCGGGAAAAGAAAACCCCCGUCAAUGGUCUGUCCCAGGUCGCGGGCGAGCGGGGCCCUGUUGGACAACUCAGCAAGGUCAUCCGCUCCAGCGCCGCGGGCAUCUCCGCGGGUAUCCCCCGGACCAUGAACCAGGAAACCGCAAGUGACGAAGGAGGAGCUCCUCCAGCUGGUGCCGUCCGCCCACAAGUCCCGUGCACCCGUGCACUCGUCGCCGCAAGGGCGCGCCCGGGCUGGGUUCUCUUGUGGGGCCAAUGUAACACUGUACGAGACAUCAUCUUGUCUGUCGUCUUCAAGGCGACAUGA